AUGAUGUUUUGGUUGGCAAAUAUUUGGUGUGCCGUUUGUGUUUUGGUUGGAUGUUCGGCGAGUGGUAUGGUUUUGGACCUUGCUUCUGAUGUUUUACCUGAGGGGGUUGAGGCCUUCUAUGGAACCUUCUCGAAAGGCGGCGUAUACAGAUUUAUACGCGGCGUGGAGGAUCUCAUUACGGAAAUACGAUACGGCUAUGAGCAGAUUUAUUUCGUCACGGGACUUAUGGGUGAAGUCGUGUACUCUCAUGUGGAGGAUUUUCAUCGCGAUAAUGAGCGGUACAUUAGAUUCUUUUAUGGUAGAAAUAUGGAAACUAAGGUGGGAUUCCGUAGUCGUAUAUUUGAACGUAUUAGCAGUAGUGCGUAUCAAGCAUAUGUACCAAACCUGUUGGAUUUCAUUGAAGGACCGAUUUUGCUGCCAAUUGAUACUGAGUCAGGAACUCGGCUACAUCCUUUGAUGAUUAUGAAUGUUAAUGAGUACUGUUAUGGUUCCGUUACGUAUAAAGUAAGCGACCGUUUCGACAUGGACACAGGGGAUACCGUUAGAAUGCAGCUAUCACAAUACCACAUCGGGGUGAUACGUGUGUCACAGAUUAAGGAUAUGUCCCUUGGAUGCAUAGCUGAAUUUCGUAUCCAGUGUAAAAAAUUUAAUACACUGGUGCUAAAUCAGCAUUAUUUUAUCAUCAUGGACAAUGGAAUCGAAAUUAAGGUGAACAUGUCACGCAUUAGCAAAAUGAAUACUCAUAAGGCAAGUGUAUCAUCGAGUUCAAGUGGUAAUGUUUUGUGUUCCGGGGUACCAAGCAGAAGUGUAGAUUCCGAAGCAAUAUUGCAGCGGAGCUUGUUAUCAAGAAGCAUUGGGGAAGGAAACAACGCUACAGCAGCAAGUGCAUCACAAGUAUAUACACGCUCUAUAUACCUCUUUGUCCCAUCUCAAUUGGAGUAUGCGCCCCUUAUUGAGCAAUUCGCGAUGUACGACCCGUCGAGAAACACCGUGACGUACGACAUGGAUUUCCUGGUUAGGCAUUAUGAACCACAGAGCGUGGGAAACUCGCGUACAACCAUUCAUAUGACCGCAGCUCACGCAGUCGUACGGUCAGACAGCUCUUCCAUCCUACUGUGCGCUGCUAGUCAGGACCCGCCAAGCUACUCGCAAGCUCAAGUUCCACCCACCGAGUUUACGUUAACUGAUGCCUACGGUGCAAAUGAACCAUUCGAUCUAGAGAAUUUCAUCAUACAACUGAUGCCGCCAGGACUGGAAACAAUCGCUGAUCUGCUAGAUGCAUCGGACAUUCAUAUUGAUGAUGACGAGGAUGAUGUGUCGUCAGGCGAGUUCCGGUCGUUGAUUAGCGACCUCACCCCUACGUUUGACCAACUUGCACUGCCGGUUGACCAUACGUUUGCGGAAAUGGAGGGUAACGCGUUCCGGGGCUGA